CCUCCCCGUCUCCGUCCUCUCAGGCCUCGUCAGCCUGCCUGAACUCUCUCCUCUGUUAAUCCCAGGAUAUCAGGAUCUAGCCCCGCCCCCCUGCCUCCAUGGAGCGCGUGCAGCACAUGACCAAGUCGGCUAUACGGCGGGCUUCUCAGAUCGAGGUGACCCCUCAAGCCAAGAGGAACCUUCAGGAGCUGUUCGUCAACUUCACACUCAUCCUCAUCUGUCUGCUGCUCAUCUACAUCAUCGUGCUGCUGUCCAGCUGAGGAUACACCAAUCAGAGAGAGCGAUGAGACAUCUGGAUUAUUAUUCAGCUAAAACUAAGGGCAUAUAUCUCCAACAUCUGGAUUAGUACACAGCUAACACAUAACUGAAACAUCUGGAUUAUUACACAGCUAUAACUACUGCCACAUAACUCCAACAUCUGGAUUAUUACACAGCUAUAACUACUGCCACAUAACUCCAACAUCUGGAUUAUUACACAGCUAUAACUACUGCCACAUAACUGCAACAUCUGGAUUAUGACACAGCUAUAACUGCAGACACAUAAAUCCAACAUCAGGAUUAUUACAUAGCUAGCGCAUAACGCCAACAUCUGGAUUAUAACACAGCUAUAACUACUGCCGCAUAACUCCAACAUCUGGAUUAUUACACAGCUAUAACUAAGGGCACAUAACUGCAACAUCUGGAUUAUUACACGGCUAUAACUACUGCCACAUAACUCCAACAUCUGGAUUAUUACACGGCUAAAACUACUGCCACAUAACUCCAACAUCUGGAUUAUUACACAGCUAUAACUACUGCCACAUAACUGCAACAUCUGGAUUAUUACACAGCUAUAACUGCAGACACAAAACUCCAACAUUGGGAUUAUUACACAGCUAACACAUGACUCCAACAUCUGGAUUAUUACACAGCUAUAACUACUGCCACAUAACUCCAACAUCUGGAUUAUUACACAGCUAUAACUAAGGGCACAUAACUGCAACAUCUGGAUUAUUACACGGCUAUAACUAAAGGCACAUCACUACAUCAUCUGGAUUAAUACAGGACACUUAUGACACUCACACAGUUUUGGUGGGAAUGACGAUGGUCCCUGAGGAAACAGUCAAGAAAUCUCUGCUGGGAAAAUAUGUUUCCCAUGAGCCCUGCUGCUUCCUGCAGUGACCCAAACACUCUGAUGAGUUAUUUUUAUCUUCUUUCUCAGCCGAUUUGACACGCAUGGGGUUUCGGUGUUUCUACAGGAAGCAUCAUAAAACAUGCCUGGGUAAAAAAAUAAAUCAAAGAAGACAAAUAUUUGAAAAGUUAGAUGAUCUCACUUACUAAAACACACAAAGAAAACACACCUGUAAACAUCAUAAUAUAUAAAUAAUACACAUCCCAACAACAUAAAUGAAGCUGAUUCUGAGGUAAUAAUAUAAAUGUAAUUCAACACUCUCUAAAUCAAAAUGCAUCCAGAAUAUAACACAUUAUAAAUGUAAAAUCAUAUUCAUUAUUUAUGUCGCUUUUAGAACAUGUGAUGUCACCGAGAGAUGUUUCAUCAUAAGACAUAAAAAUAAAAACUAAUAUCAACACCAUAAGAGGCUUAAAACCACCCACCUCCAGGGACUCUGUUUGGCUCACUGUCUCCAGCACCAGUCUCUGAUGCUCAUGGGUAAUGUAGUAUUCACAGCACUGAGUGGAACUGCAAAUUAAAUUGAAAAACCUGAAAGUGGCUUUGGUGCCCUCUAGUGGUCAUAUAGAGCAUGACAGCAGAGCGACUUGUUAACAUGCCUGUAAAACAUGAAGAGCAGCUACAUAGACACUCACACACACUGCAGUAGAACAGUUUGCAUGGUGUGAUUUGUGUCUAAAUAAAGUGACACUUGUUAUACAAAUAAAAAUGGAUUGAUCUGAUGUGUAAUUCCGACACUGAUGGUUAAUGAAAGCACAUGACUGUUAUAUAAGUGUAAACAUGCUUUAAAGUUCAUUUUAAAUCGACUAUAUGAUUAUAAACCUGCUUCUGUUAAACAUUUAUGAUAUAUAUCUUCAUCUGCAAUGACUAAGCGCAAAACUAUCAGUAUGAAGUGUUUAAAAUGAAAGUGUGUUCAGCAGACAAACACUAAAGAAACUGCAUGACAAUAAAGUACGUUUGAUCUCCUGA